UGCGCACCGGCAGACCUCCGGCCAGGCGUCCAGCCUCGAGCGCGCUAUUGGUCCGCGGCGGCGCCGGGCAUCCGCCCAGCCGGGUCUGGCGCGAUCCCCGGCCCAAGUCCGGGGCACCAAGAGUCGCCGGGACGCGGAGCUGGAGUUCUUCCCUGCCAGCAAGCGGUAUGGAGCUGCGGCCCGCGGACGGCCCUUUCUUGGGCGAUGUGGGGUUCUGGGUGGAACGGACCCCUGUGCAUGAAGCAGCCCAGCGGGGUGAGACGCUACAGCUGCAGCAGCUGAUAGAGGGCGGCGCCUGUGUCAACCAGGUCACAGUGGACUCCAUCACGCCCCUGCACGCAGCCAGUCUGCAGGGCCAGGCGCAGUGCGUGCAGCUGCUACUUGCCGCCGGGGCCCGGGUGGAUGCCCGCAACAUCGACGGCAGCACCCCUCUCUGCGAUGCCUGUGCCUCGGGCAGCAUCGAGUGUGUGAAGCUGUUGCUCUCCUAUGGGGCAAAGGUCAACCCACCCCUGUACACAGCAUCCCCACUGCACGAGGCCUGCAUGAGUGGAAGUUCUGAAUGUGUGAGGCUUCUUAUUGAUGUUGGGGCCAACCUUGAAGCACAUGAUUGCCACUUUGGGACUCCUCUGCAUGUUGCCUGUGCAAGGGAGCAUCUGGACUGUGUUAAGGUGUUGCUCAACGCAGGGGCCAAUGUGAAUGCAGCAAAACUUCACGAGACAGCCCUUCAUCACGCAGCCAAGGUGAAGAACGUGGACCUCAUUGAGAUGCUCAUUGAAUUUGGAGGGAACAUCUACGCCAGAGACAACCGAGGGAAGAAGCCUUCUGACUACACAUGGAGCAGCAGCGCCCCAGCCAAGUGCUUUGAGUACUAUGAAAAGACACCUCUGACCCUGUCACAGCUUUGCAGAGUGAGCUUGAGGAAGGCCACUGGCGUCAGAGGACUAGAGAAAGUCGCUAAGUUAAAUAUCCCUCCCCGGCUCAUUGAUUACCUUUCCUACAACUGAGCUUCGAGUACAGGAGACCAGGAACAGACUGGUGAUUUACCCUGCACUGCUGCCCAGCUGUGCCCAGCGUGGGACAGAAGAGGAUUCUGACUUGUUUGUCUGAAAUGAUGUCAUAGAUACAGAGAGAACAAAGGUCCCUUGAGUCCGUUUUGGCCCUCCUGUUUUGUCUUUUCUCCAGAAUCCUGGAGGUAUUUCCAAGGCACUAAGAAAGGUCCUGCUUCCACUUCCGUUGUGGGUGUGACCCUGUGCUGGUUCUCCCCCGGAACUUGUGCUUUAACUCCAGCAUGGUCACAGUGACCCGUUUUCCUCUUUUUACCGACUUUCUUCAAGGGCUUUAGGACAAAGGUGGAUUGUUCUCUUUCCUCAAGGGCUUAGGACAAAGGUGGAUUGUUCUCGAAGCAAAGGGGAAGGCCAGGCAAGCCUGGGGAUUCAGGGUGCUGCUGUUGAUUUUCAUAGACCCAUCACUCAGGGAGCUUCUUACUGGUCUUAGUGGGGGAAAGGUCAGGCUUUUUGUUCCCCACAGGUAGCACAGUGUCUCUGAGGAAGUUUUCCUUCAGUUUGAAGUCUCAGCUCUUGUAAAAAGUUAUAUAGGAUAAAAAAAUUUUACAGUAUAUGUAGGAUGCACACUAAGGUAUUGUUAAAGAGUCUUUAAAACAAAAGAUAAUGUGAAGCCAUGUUAGCUUAUCUUCUCAUGGGUAGUUAUUAAGCCCUUUGCAAUGUAAAGAACUGUUAGGAAACUCUGUAAGGAUUAUUUCCCACCCAUUUCUAUGGUUGCCAAAUGAAUUCUUCUCCCACCCUAAAUUUUGUUAAUUUCUUGAAGCUCUAAAAGGUAGUAGAAGUCGCCAGAACGAAGUGGGUUCCAUCAACCAUUUAUUCAUCCAGUUUGCAGAUAUUUACGAAACAUCUGUUAUGCUUAAGGCAGUGCGUUCAGUGCUUGAACUAGAUAGGAGUCAAGACUCGUGAUCCAAGGCAGGAAAACAAAAUGUUUGUUUCACAAUUCGUUCCUAUAGUAAUAACGAUAACCCUGAUUCUGUAUCAUUAACCAUGAGGGGAAAUAGUAGGUAGUAUAUUCAGACUGCAUUUACCUACCUAAGGUUCUGUAUCUUUAUUUUAUUUUAAGUAGGAGUUAAGUUAGAGAAAUUUGCAUAAUUAGUUCAGGUAUAUUUGGUUUCUGAGGAAACCGAGAAGACACCACUUGCGUACACCAGUGCGAGUCAUGCCUGAAGCCAGCGUGCCCAGGAACGGGAACAGAAGGAUGGACAGAUACUCCCAGGAUCUGCUUGGGCCUCCCAGCCCCAGAGAGUGCGUGGAAUAGGUUUCGAUCAAGUUGGCCAAGCUGAUGCCAACUGCACUGCACCACCAGAGGCAUCUCUCUGCAGGAUUACAUGGGGUCACAGGUCUGGUGGGAAAUCUCAUGCUGGCUGCCAUGGGUAUUUUCCAUCUCCAGUGCUUCAGCCACUCGUACAGUGGUGCUUCAUCUUAUCCUGAGAAUUUGGGUACAGUCUUAAAUACACGUCCUGGGUAAAUGGAUGUUUCUGGAUGCAAUAGUAAAAACAGCUUUGGGUUCUACCCCUUUCAUCUUUGUAACAGAAACUUGCCUCUAGCAAUUAAAUCUGAUAACAUCUCUACACAAUAUAGCACCUAGCACAGAAUCAGGUCUCACCUUCUUGUUGCUCAGUAAUAGUUGUUGAAUAAAGUUCAUCCUGUGUUCAUGUGACCUGUUCUUGUUGGGAGCAGAAGCACUGGCAUGGGCUUCAUCCCGUGUGAGUGGAGAGGGGUGUUAGAAGGUCACCCCUGUCCAGGAAUCAUACCUACCUGCCUCUUCUCCUGGUGCUGAUUUCAGGGCAGCCCUCAUGUGGACUUUCAAGGGGGAAGAGACCCUGCCCAAACAGAUGACUGGAGUUCAGGCCUCCUCUACUCUGAGGUCAUGGUGUGACUAGAGACAAGUUUGUCCACUCUUCUGGGCCUUUAUUUUCCCAGCUGCAAAACGGAUAACAGGUCAGACUUUGGGCAUUAAAAGGAUUUGAUGAUCAUCCACGGAACCAAUCUCUUUGUUUUACAAGUAAGGAAAUGAGGUCCCACUGGCUUUAUAAGCUUUUUUGUGAGGCUGAAAUUAGGUGAUUGAAAGAUACUUUGAAAAGUCAAAAGUGCUGUGCACAUGUAAGUUGUACACUUAGGAUUGUACUAUGGUGUUGUUGAUGUUUAUAGAUUUUAUAGCUGUAUAAGCUAUUCUGGUCUGAGUUUGGGAUAGUACCACCUAUUUUAGGAAUAAUACAUACAGAAGACUUCUCAGUUUACAUUUUAAAACUUAAUGUACAGUUGACAAAUUUGAAGGCGACAUUUGCAACUGUAUAACAUUAUUGGUAAUCAAAGUAUAUAAAGAUCUCUUAUAAGUCAGUAAGCUAGAGCUUAACAACCCAAUAGAAAAAAACAGGUGAAGAAUAUGAACAGAAAAUAUAAAAAGAGGAAACCUUAAAUAUCCAAUAAUAACUGGAAAGGAUGCUCAGUAGUGAUCAGGGAAAUGCAAAUUAAUGAAUAUUUAAUUCAAUGAUGUGGCACCAUUAUUUACCAUCAUGUUGAAAAAUAAUGAGAGUUUCCUGAUGUUGAUGGACCAUAUGGGCAAAUGGGAACUCACAGACCACUUCUGAGGGAUAAAAAAUUAAUACAUCUACUUUGGAGAGCUAUUUUAUGAUAUCUAGUGCAAUUUGACAGCUUUGAAUUGAAUUGUGUUGGCGAAGAAUAUUGAAUAUGCCAUAGACUGCCAAAAGAAUGAACAAGUCAACCGGAAUGCUCCUUAGAAGCAAGGAUAGCAAGAUUACGUCUCAUAUAGUUUGGACGUGUUCUCAGGAGGGAUCAGUCCCUGGAGAAAGACAUCAUGCUUGGUAAAAUAGAGGGUCAGCAAAAAGAGGAAGACCCUCAUCUGGUGCAAUGAUGGGCUCAAGCACGGCAACAGUUGUGAGCAUGGCGCAGGACCGAGCAGUGCUUCAUUCUGUUGUGCAUAGGGUCACUAGGAGUCAGAACUGACUCGAUGGCACAUAACAGUACGGUUGAAGGAAACUGGUGGUGCAGUGGUUAAGCACUCAGCUGCCAGGCGAAAGGUCAGUGGUUCUAACUAAUUGCUCCGUGAGAGAAAGAUGUGGCAGGCUGCUUCCGUAAAUAUUUACAGGCUUGGAAACCCCAUGGGGCAGUUCUAUUACGUCCUAUAGGGUUAUUAUAAGUCAGAAUUGAUGGAAAUUUUUUUCUUUUUUGGUUAGUUGAAUGUGUGCAUACUCCCUGUCCUCAGUAAUUCUACUUUUAUAAAUACUGAGCCCUAGAGAAACCCUCAGACAACCCAAGGAGAUGUGUAUGAGGAUGUUAAGUACAGCAAUAUUUGCAAUAGCAAAAGGCCCUAUCAGGAUAAAUUACGGAAUGUUAUUCAUCUAAUUACCUAUACUAUAUAAAAGUUAAGAGGAAUUAGAGUUACAUGUGUUAACACAAAUAGAUGGUAGGUGAAAUGGAUAGUAGAUUUUGUUUUAACACAAAAAUGUAAUGGUAGGUGAAAAAAGCAAACCUUAUUUAUGUACAGUAUGAAUCCAUUUGUGUAAACUUAACUGCAGAACUAUAUAAGUAUGGAUACCUGUGUGUAUUAGUCAGAAACCGUGGUGAUGUAGUGGUUAAGUGCUACACUGUUAACCAAAAGGCUGGCAGUUUGAAUCUACCAGGUGCUCCUUGGAAACCCUAUGGGGCAGUUCUGCUCUGUCCUAUGGGGUUGCUAUGAACUGGGAUCGACUCAACAGCAACAGGUUUUUUUUUUUUUUAAUGCGUAUUGGGGUUUUUCAGAGAAACAGAACCAAAAGGAUACACACAGAUCAAUUUUAAGGAGCUGGCUCACACGAUUGCAGGGACUGGCAAGUCCAAUAUCUGUAGACCCGGCAGGCUGGAAAAUCCAGCUGCAUAUUUAUGUUACAGCCUUAAGGCUAAAUUCUCUCCAUUAGAAACCUCAGCUUUUGCUCUUGGGGCCUUCCACUGAUGGAUCAGGCUCACCCACAUUAUCAAGGGUAAUCUCCUUAAGAUCACAACAAAAUACCUUCACGGCAACCUCUGGAGUAGCAUUUGACCAAGUAACUGGGUGCUGUAGACUAGCCAAGCUGACACAAGAUUAAUCAUCCCGCUAUAUAUGUAAUGGAUGCUUAAAAUCACAGAAAUCACAUAGCAAUGUCAUGGCUGUGGUUACAUCUAGGGAGUGAGGAAUGGAAAUGUGACUUGGGGAUGGGGAACAAAGGGAACUUCGACUCUAUAAUAUUUCUUUAAAAAAGAUAUGAAGCAAAAACGAUAGAAUGCUACUAUUUGUUUUUGUUGGAUGGCAAAUUGAUGGUGGUGGUUUUAGAGUCGACUCCAACUCAUGGUAACCUUAUGUAUAGCAAAUCAGGCCUGGUCCUGUGCCACCUUCAUGAUCAUUGGUAUGUUCGAGUCUAUGGCAAAUAGGCAAGUAGGCACAUGGGUAUUACUUUCCAUAUGCUUCAGUAUUUUUUUUUCCCGUAAUAAACAUUUAAUGCACAAAGGACCAGGCAAGGGCAAAAAUAUCUAUUAAAAAAAAAAGGAAGAGUUAUUUAUGUGACUGUUACAAACUGUAUUCUGUUUAAAAAUAUAUGUAGCUGUGAGUGAUAUACUUGACCUGUCAGAUUUCUAUUGAUGAUAAGAUUGUGCUUUUGAUUAUAAGACCUUGUUUUCACAACAAGUGUUGACACUUUUUUUUUUUUUUUUAAUACUGCCCUUGAAAAGUCCUGGAAACCUGGUGGCAUAGUGCUUAAGAAUUGGGCUGCUAACCAAAAGGUCGGCAGUUCAGAUCCACCAGGCGCUUCUUGGAAACCCUGUGGGACAAUUCUGCUCUGUCCUACAGAGUCGCUAUGAGCCUGAAUCGACUCCACGGCAAUGGGUUUUGUUUUUUAAAAGCCCUAGAUUGUGCUGUUGGGCUCACCGAGCCUACCCUUUCUCAUCUGAAGGAGAAUGUCAGAUGGAAUCUCUUUAACCGGUCAGUGAGGGACACACUUCCCUGGAUGAUUUUGGAGCUUCUAGAUGUGGCUUUGGGCAAAGUCCUCAGCUUCAAACGGUACCUUGUGGAGAGCUCAAAGGCAAUUCCUCUGAGUUGGGGAACCAUUCCGCAGGAACCAGACACAGCUGUACAAAUGGUCCCCCCGGCCUGCGCUGGGCGAGCCUCAGGGCCACCCCGUUCCUGGGCGCCGCCUGCCCCCUGCAGAUGAAGGCGUGGGGCGACCUGGAGAAGAGGAAGUGGGCCUCACGGGAUCCCAGCUGCAGCUGUGCUCUCCUGCUUGGUCCAGCAAUUCCCUAUGGUCUCCGGGGAAGGAAGCAGAGUCUCGUUUCUUCCCUCCUUUGUUACUCACACUUGCACAGAAAUACCACAUAGGAAGUCCCAUGGGCACUUCUAGAUGAGUCUGCAGAGAGCUCUGAAGUUGUCUGGGACAAAAAGAGUAUUUGCUUGUUUGAUUUCCUCCACUGGGUUAUUUAGAACUAUUGUCAUUCUUUCCAGUGAGCAGCACCCUUUUAAGCAAUUGAGUUCCUGUAUUUGUGAAAAUUAGCAUGAAACUGGCUCCAAACACAAAGCUGCUCAACAGCCAGCUCAUACUGUGAGCAGCUGUGUGUGCCCUACAGCUGUCAGGCGGGAGCCUCCUAAAGGCUGAGGGCUGCUUUCCCUCCCUCAGGGCAGCACCGCAGCAUCAGCUUUUCUCCCUGUAACGGCCUAGAAAAUAUUUCCAAACCCUGGAAUCGUUGCUUUUUCUCAUUUCUCAACGUUGGUACCACAUGGUUCAUUGAUAGCUGGGCCCGAGUUGUUAAUAUUGGCUUGGAAGUCUUGUGAUCUUCAUUGGUUUGGAUGAGAAUGUGUCUUAAAUUGGUCCAAUCUAAACAGGGUGCCUCUAAAAACCCAGUGUCUCUAAACUGUGAAUAAAAGAGAAAACAUUCACGAAGGGUGUUUCUCUCUCCUACACACACACACACAUUUAUUUAUAUAAAAUUUCACUUUCCAGCAGAUGGUCUCUAGCAGAGGCAGGUUACUCAGUAAGCAGGGUAACCAUGGGCUUACUUACUAAUCCGUAGUGAACAGUUUCACAUGUUUUUCGCCACAUAAGCACAAGUAUGCCCUGCUUACCUUGCUCACUGGGACAUCUGUCCCCAUCUCUAUCAGGGAUUAUAAAUUUGAAAACAGGCUGCCAUUCUGUAGGAAGCUGCUAUGGGGCUGGGAGAGAGGCAUAUCUAGAAGCAGAAUCUUUGAUGUGGUGAAAAAAUGUGAAACUGUUCACUAUAAAUGAUCCAAGCAAGGUGAGCACCAUACUUGCCUUGCCUAUUGGAUAAUCUGUCCCUGAUUUCCAGGUGUGCGGUUUUGGUGAACCACAGACUUCAGAGCUAGGGGAGAAUUUGUCACUGAACUCUGAGCCAGGAUAUGCAUUCUGGGUGAUCAACAAAGAAAACUCCCACUGCUUCUUACAGUUAACCUGAAUUUGGAAGCUCCUUCUGCUGUGUUAAAAGGCAGAGGACUGAGAUGAGACCAGAAGCAGGGCACUCACUCCUCCCACCCAUCCACCCACCCUUCCUUCCUUCCUUCUUUCUUGCUUUUUAAACCGGUUAUUCUGUUUUAAGUUUUCCUUGCUGGGAACCAAGGAUACCAAAACAAAAAACUCAAAAAAUAAAACAAAUACCGUAAAAAGAAAUCUUGGACCAGAUCUACUGGACUGGUUGAGAAUGGAGGACUCCCUGAUACUAAUACCCUGAAAUACUCUUUAUACCCUAAACAGAAACUAACCCGAGAGUUCAUCUUACAGCUCAAUAACAAGUUGGCUCAAAAAAUAAUAUCACCCGUAAGCACUGUGCUCCUUUAAAAAAUUACCUAUAUGAGACCAAACGGUCAACAACUACUUUAAAACAAAAAAGAGAAUGUAAAGGGGCAGGGAGACUAGAUUAAUGAAAAUGGAACAACCAGAUGGUAAUGUUCAUGCAUUGCAAAGAAUGUAACCAAUGUCACUGAGCAAGUUGUGCAGAAAUUGUUGAAUGGCAACCUAAACUGCCGUGCAAGCCUUCUCAGACAACACAAUAAAAUAUAACUAAACAAAUCUUGGCUUUGAAGGAUUUCAGACUCUCUCCCUCAGGGAGCAGACACAGGAAAAAUACCACAUCUGGUAAAAUAGCAGAUUUGGGGCAUGAGCCCUAAACAGGAGAACAACUAACUCUGUAGGCAUGCUGGGGAAACGCCACAGAAGAGUAUAGGGGUAGAGAGAGAAGGGAGGAGAUAACCUUUGACCUUGUUUGGUCUUGAGCUAAUGAAGGCAAUAUCAUAACAUUAAGUAAAAACCACUUCAUUUUUAUAUUCAUGGUGCUUUGUAGUUUGCAAAGCUUUAAAAGGGCUCAAAUAUUGGCAGCACUUUUCUGGAGUGAAUGUAAAGAUACAAAAGACUCGAUGCAGUUCUCUAUCGCAGCAUGCCUUUUCUCUCAAGUAUAGAAACAAAAUGAUGAGGUUUAAUCCCAUGGAAUUUUACAUAUUUGUAAUAGGGCUUACUGUAAUCCCUUCUUAUGCUUAUGUUUCCAAAGACCUAAAAGAGACUUUUAUCAUAAAGGGCAAAACUGGGCCAUUCAGAGAGUGGGGAUUUUGCCUGUCAACCUGAAGGAAUCUAUGUGUUGCAGAAUAGGCAUACCAAACAAAAACCAAGCCCAUUACUGUCAAGUAGAUUCAGACUCAAGGUGACCCCACAUGUUACAGAGUAGGACUGCCUUACAGCGUUUUCUUGGCUAUAACCUUUAUGGAAACCCUGGUGGCGUAGUGGCUAAGUGCUACGGCUGCUAACAAAACGGUUGGCAGUUUGAAUCCGCCAGGCGCUCCUUGGAAACUCUAUGGGGCAGUUCUACUCUGUCCUAUAGGGUCCCUAUGAGUCAGAAUUGACUCGACGGCACUGGAUUCCGGGUAACCUUUAAGGAAGCAGAUAGUCACGCCUUUCUUCUGUGGUACUACCAGGUGAAUUCUAACCGCUAACCUUUAGGUUAGUAGUCAAGCGCAAACUGUUUGCCUCACCCAGGGAAGUUAGAAUAGGCGUAAACCAAAAGCAAACCUGUUGCCAUCAAGUCAAUUCUGCCUCAUAGUGACCCUAUAGGACAGAGUAGAACUGCCCCAUAGAAUUUCCAAUGAGCACCUGGUGGAUUCGAACUGCCAGCCUUUUGGUUAGCAGACGUAGCUCUUAACCAUUACGCCAACAGGCAUAGGUAACUUAAAAAAAAAAAAAAAAGAAA